AGUGGACAGCCACCUACCCUUCCCACUCUCCACACACAUUACUGUGCCAGCAUUCAUUGGAGACAGAGACCCAUGCUCCUACUCACUACUACUACUUCAUCAACUCAUCAAACCCUAGAAACCAAGCAUAAGCAUUAGCAAGAUUAUCAGGUAAGAAAGAAGAAGAAGAGAAUGAGAGUAGUGGUAGCAGCGUUGGUGUGGGUGUUUGUGUUGGGUGUGGGGGUGUCGGAGGAAGGAGAUUUGGCAUCGCAGUGCAACGUGCUGGUGCAGAAAGUGCUUCCGUGUCUGAGCUUCGCGACGGGGCAGGCGGCGGUUCCGACGAAGGAAUGCUGCUCGGCGACGUUGGAGAUAAAGAACAGCGACCCGAAGUGCUUGUGCUUUGCGAUCCAGCAGACCCAUAAGGGGAUCCCUGAGGCGAAGAGCAUGGGCAUUCAAGAGGGUAGGCUCCUUCAACUACCUUCUGCCUGUAACUUGAAGAACGCCAGCACCACCAAUUGUCCUAAGCUUCUGGGCCUAUCUCCAAACUCACCUGACGCUGCCAUAUUCCGGAAUGGCACGUUGAGAAUUAAUUCGACUUCAACGUUGGGAACUACAAGACCAGUCUCAGACACCCACAAGGCAUCGUUUGGGACCAUGCUUCCACCUCCUCUCGCGCCACCACACCUUGCUGCACUGCUUUGCGCCAUUCUCCUCCUUCUCACAACGUUAAUUUAAUGCUCACUCAAAGUAACCGCUGGUGAUGGAUCAAUUUAAUUAUGGAAAAUGAUUUUUUUUUAUGCUAAAUUUUUGAGAACUUUCUUUUACAAUCUUAAGCACCAUCUUUUAAAUAGUUUUUUAUUUUUUUAUUUUCUCAUUCUUAAUAUUUCAAAACCAUUUAAAAGAUGAUAUUCGAUGGUGUAAAAGAAAGUUGUCAAAAUUAACGGUAAAAAUAUUAUUUUCUUUUAAUUAUUUGCAAGUUGCACCAUGAUGUCUGCAAUUACUUUAUUGCCAUCUCUAUCAUUUUAUAUCGUUUUAUGUUUCCUCUGUCUUCUCUAUAUAUAUUUAUAACUUGACUUUCGAUAUCGAUUGAGUGACAUAAAAUUUGAUCUUCGAUGGAUUGAGCAACAUAGGACUUGACCUUUAA